AUGGGCAGGCUCGACGGCAAGGUUGCCGUUGUGACAGGUGGCGGCGCUGGGUUUGGCGCUGAGAUAUCGCGCCGUUUUGCUGCCGAGGGAGCUCAUGUGCUUGUCUGCGACAUCAACACCGCUGGCGGCCAGGAGGUUGCUGCAGCGAAGCCGUCAAGCAUGACCUUCCGCCAAAUGGACGUCACCAAAGCCGCCGACUGGAAAGCUGCCAUUGACGCCGCAGUGCAGAAGCACGGCCACGUCGACAUCCUGGUCAACAACGCGGGCACCACCUACAAGAACAAGCCAACCGUCGACGUCACCGAGGACGAAUGGGAGAGGGUUUUCAACGUCAAUGUCAAGAGCAUCUUCCUCGGCAGCAACGCCUUCAUGCCAUCCGUCAUCGAGCGCGGCCAGGGCGGCGCCAUGAUCAACAUCGCCUCCACCGGCGCCACCCGUCCACGUCCGGGCCUCGUCUGGUACAAUGCCUCGAAAGGUGCCGUCUGGAAUGCCACCAAGGGCCUCGCCGCAGAGUACGGACCCAACGGCAUUCGCGUGAACUCGGUAUGCCCGCUGCUGAGCGGCACUGCCCUGUUUGAGAGCUUCACCGGGAUGCCUCCCACGCCCGAGAACAUGCAAAAGUUCCUGUUCAACGUGCCCAUGGGGCGACUGUGUGAGCCUCAGGAUGUGGCAGGGGCUUGCGUGUUCCUCGCAAGCGACGAUGCCAGGUUCAUCACCGGGAUCAACAUGGAAGUUGAUGGGGGGAAAUGUAUAUGA